AUGAAGCGAAUGUGUCUUUCAAGUGUAGCAUUCAAAGUAUCGAGAAAUGAAAAGCUGGAGAAACGGCCGCAGCCGCAGCAGCCUCGGAGCUCUGAGGAGCUGGAGGAUUUGCACAAGCUGCUGCACUUCCCCGAGGAGGUGGCUCUCCGUUUGACAGAGAGCGAGUAUCAGCUGUUCUACCAGGUGCAGCCUUGCGAGUACCUGAGGCACGUGGCUCAAGAUUUAACAUCUUACACUAAAUCAGGUAAAAAACCGCCACCGUCGCCAACAGCUUACCAACAUCAGUCGAGGGAGUCCCCCAGUACUGUCAACAGUUCAACGCAAACAGAUGAGGAGGCGCUGUGGCUGGGUGGCGCCACCUCCGCCCUUUCCGUGCAGAUCCUCAUCAACCGGUUUAAUGAGGUGAGCUCAUGGGUAACUCACACCAUAACAAGUGGCUCGACAAUCGAGGAGCGGCAGGCAUUUCUCUCGUGCCUAUUGCGAGUCGCCCAAACCUGCUGGAACACCGGCAACUUCAACUCGGCGAUGGAGAUAAUCGCUGGCCUCAAAUCGAAUAAAUUGAAGCCGUUCUGGCAGAGCGUAAAUGAACCACUCCCGGUUCUGGAGUAUCUCUCAUCGGCCCUUCUGUCUUCCGAAUAUGAAAGGGCGCUGUCUCGUGCCCUGGCAAUGCCGGAAUGUCCGGUUGUGCCAUUCUUCGGGGCCUUUCUCCGCGAGUUACGCGAAGUCAUUGCCUCAGUUGCCAAGCAACCAGGAGAGAGCAAAGACAGAGAGACUCAGCGAACUAGCAGUAAGGAGGGCCCACCCCUCGAACACGUGCCUUCGCCCUCGCCAGGUGCGAGAACCGCUGUUGAGAGUAAUGCAGAUGCUCCCUCCGGAUGGAGCUCAUCAGGGAGUACAAGCGGCAGCGGUGGCGGUACCAGUAAAGGUGUAAAUUUCGAGUGUCCACAUGACACCAAUGUAGUCCUCGACAAGGUUGCUAUGUUCCAUCAGCAUCGUCACGCGCGUGGAAGAGAUGCCACAACUGGCUCACUCCAUCGUACAUUGAGUGUACACACCACAGCUAUUCUCGAGCAAAAUUAUAUGACUGAAGAGUGCGAUGAAAAUGACUAUCACCUUGACCUUGAUUCGUACAAGCCGGUUCAACCCCUAGCUGCUGAUCAUGGUAUUGCAUUGUUUCCAGUUGCUGCACCUAAUAAUGGCAUGGAUCUUCACCUUUUGCAGGUACUUCAUCACGGCACAACUCUGGUACAUUGGGACUGCGAGGGAGCAGGUGGUUCCCGUACAUCUCUGGUUUAUGCUCGUGUUGAUCGUGCAUGUGGCACAUUUGUAUGGGAGAAGCCAGCCUGGAGCCCCCUAAAAACAGCUGGUUUUGGUUCAAUAUCAAAUGAAUUUACCCUGACAGUUAACCCCGAAGAGAAUGUGCCAUCUGGACUUGUGACGCGUUACACAUCACCACAGGCUGACUGUGCAUCAGUCAGUUUGGAAGAGGGUUAUCUAGAUCUGAGUUCAGUUAAGGAAGUUACCAUUGGCUGUUGUGACAAGGACAGGGAGAUUGAACUACGGGGCAUCUGCAAGAGAUAUGGCCUUCCAGGAUCAGACUCCUGUAUUGGACUGAUGUACGGCUCCAAUCUUUCCGAUAAUCGUCUUAUUUUUCUUCUCGGACCACCAACACUGAGCAAAAUAUGGUACAUGGGACUGUGCUGGAUAUUACGUGGCCUGAAGCGUCAGAAUCAGUUGACAGACAGAAGAUCGAGAUGGUUAAAGGAGAAGUAUCUACAACUUUAUUUUGAGGAAGGUUGCCUUGAGCCUACCACGGCUGACGCCAUAAGGGUAUUUGGUGGACGCGAUUGGUCAAUGACUGAGAGUAUUGGUACACUGUCACCUACCAGUAGUGCUACACUACGACGACGUAAUCCAAAGGCCGGCAAAAAGACUAAAUCCAUUAGCAAUAUUCAUGCCCUGACUAAGGAACUGAGUUUCAAGCAAUACGAUUCAUCAUCGUCGGAGGGUGGUUUAACAGCGGCACCACUGCGUCAUUUAACGGGUAGCGGUGAGUCUUUAACGAGAAUAGUGCCUGCAUCACCGCGUUCAAGUCGUGAUCGAGUACCACCGCGCAGUCCACCAGGUACUGGUGAACGCAUUGUCUCAUCAAGCUUGCCAUACUCCAGUUUACAGAGUUUACUGUGUGUAACUCGAGAUAAGGAUAGAAAUGGCUCAAGUAUAUCCCCAGCGGUGGGCGAAGCGCCAUGGCAAGUAAAAGCCCGAGCCACUUCAAUCAUGUACGAGACCCAGUUGAAUUUCGUUGAAUUCGUGGCACUCUUUCGGUCAUUCAGUCUUCGUGCACGUAAGGACCUACGUGAUCUCUUUGGACAGCUUGCAAUCACAUGCCGUAGUCAGAGUGAUGGUUCACUCCGUGACUUCAAUAUGAGACCAUCUGUACUGAGGCAAACGAGCGAUGCUACACCACAACGAAUUGGUUUACUCACCCGAAAUAAUUCCAUAGAUUCUCACGAGUACAAGACAAGUGGCAACCUCCACAAAAAACAAAUAUUUGAUGCUAUUGCAGCAGCAAGUAUCGUGAACAACUGUUCAGGCGUUGACACUUCAAAAUCUCAAGUAAUUACUCUGCCGACAUUCACGAAAUUUCUCGAGUCGCGUCAGCAGGAAAAGUUAACCGAUGACCAGAUUAAAGCUCUCAUCAAGAGGCAUGAACCUGAUCCAGCACUGAGGGGCCAGUCGUGCUUGUCGUUUGAGGGCUUUGCACGUUACAUGAUGGACAAAGAUAAUUACGCAUUUCCAAAUGAAUACGCAAUACCCUCCGACACGGAGAUGCAACAACCAUUGUCACAGUAUUACAUUGCAAGCUCUCAUAACACUUAUCUCACUGGACAUCAGCUCAAAGGAGAGUCUUCAGUUCAGCUUUACUCUCAGGUUCUUCUCACCGGAUGUAGAUGUGUUGAGCUGGACUGUUGGGACGGUGACGAUGGUUCACCCCUCAUAUACCACGGUCACACAUUCACAACAAAAAUUCCAUUCAGAUCAGUAGUGGAAGCAAUCGAUCGCAGUGCAUUCGUUAGCUCUCCAUAUCCAGUCAUUCUCUCCAUUGAAAAUCACUGCUCCCAGGCACAGCAAGCCCGCAUGGCUCAGAUAUUUCAGUCUGUAUUCGGUGAAAAAUUGGUUACAAAAUUUCUGUACGACACUGACUUUUGUGAGGACCCGCAGCUGCCGUCACCCUCGCAACUGCGACACAGAAUUCUGAUAAAAAAUAAAAAACUCGUGGUCGAUCCAACAGCCCCUCUCGUUCAUCCGUCAAUAAGUCACCGGGGUAAAAUGUUGAUGUCAGAUCGUGCAUCAUCCAUGAAACAAAUGAGGACUGACGUUAGUAGUGCAUCGGUGGUUGAAUAUUUCAGCGAGGAUGAGGAUGAUGAGGAGGAGGACGAUGAGGAUGACAACGUUGAUGACAACUCAAUCUCCAGUUACGAGAGGUAUCUGGGUGGUAGCCAAAUGGUGCACGUCCGUUUGAAAUCUGAUCCAGCAGUUGACGACAAAUCUCAGAAACAAAGCAGUCAAAUCGCCAAAGAGCUCUCUGACCUCGUAAUCUACCUCCAAGCCAUUAAAUUCCGCGGCCUCAACACAACCCCAGGAACACUUCCCAUACCAAAAGCACGCCACCAAAGCCACACAGGCACCGUGCAGAGACACAGUAUCGCUGGGAUUGGUACUGGUGGAAUAGCAUCCUCCACUGGCUCACCACAAUCCCUGUCGACAUCCGCGUCUGUUGCCAGCGGUGGUAGUAAUAUCGACACACUAUUCCGUUCUAACCGUGGCAUGCCAGCGUGCUUCCAGUGCUCCUCAUUAAACGAGAGUGCAGCUAAAAAAAUUUGUCGUAAACAGCCACUGGGUGUUGUUGCCCACGCUGAGACCCAAUUAAUAAGAACCUAUCCCGCUGGAAUGCGAAUAGACUCAUCCAACUUCAAUCCCGUCAUCUUCUGGGCGUUUGGUAUCCAGAUGGUGGCUCUUAAUUAUCAAACGGAUGAUGCAGCGCUGCAUCUGAAUGCAGCAAUGUACGAGCAAAAUGGUCAGUGCGGUUACGUUCGAAAGCCCUCGAUGAUGUGGGAGAAGAGUCACAUGAUGUAUAGAAGAUUUAACCCAUGGGACAAAGAAUUUGAUGGCCUUCAUUCUGUCCACCUGACCCUAUCAGUUAUCUCUGGCCAAUACAUAUCCCCAGCUAAUCUCCUAGCCAGUACUUACGUUGAGAUUGAGUUAGUGGGAAUACCCAUUGACUGCGCCAAACACAAAACAAAAAUUGUUCAGAACAACUCCCUCAAUCCCAUUUGGAAUGAAAAGUUCUGCUUCCAAGUGAUGUUCAGAGACCUUGCCUUUCUUCGAUUUGGUAUAGUCGAGGCUAACUCUCAUCAUCUCAUUGCCCAGAGAGUAUUACCGUUAAACUGCCUGAAACCCGGUUAUCGUCACGUACGUCUGCGUUCAUGUAAAAAUAAGUCCCUAGCAUUAUCAACAUUGUUCAUUUACUCUAGAAUGGAGGAGGAGAGUUUGGACUACAAUACGUGCUGCAGAGAUCACAAUAAGGAGUCCAAACGUCCAUCUGGAAAAACUCCAGAGAAAUUGAGUAAUGUGGAUCCUGGAUUGGGGGGAGUGACGCUGAAGCGUCGUAUGUUUUUCCUGAGGGUUUACGAUGUGAUGCCCGAUGAGCCUUACACUAUCGUCAGGGUAACGCAAGAAAGCUCCACGCAGGAAGUCAUGCUGCAGGCUCUACAGAAGGCGGGCAUUUCUGCAGAGCAUGUGGACGAUUAUAUUCUGGUGGAGGAGGUUUCUCGAGGCUGGGAGAAGAAAGACAAAGAGGAAUUGCCAACUCAACGUGUUUUGGAUCUGAUGGAGCGUCCGUUGGAAGCUCAGGCAUUGUGGAAGGGUCAAGGUAGAUUUCUACUGAAACGAGUGGGCAAUGAUCCCAGCAGCAGAGCUUGGUUGGCCUCCAUCAGAAGUACAGCGGGUCAUGCACAAUUGAAUGAAAGUGGUGAAGAUCAGUCAAUGAUUUGGGACGAAGCUGACACUUUUCUCGUUUGCAUAUACAAUGUAUCACCUGAAAUACCAUAUGCCAUUUUACGUGUACCAGUUAGUAGUUCCGCUCAGGAUGUACUUGCUCAGGCAUUAGUCAAAGCAAGAAGAAUGGAGGAUCCGGUGAAAUUUGCACUUCUUGAGGAAUUGGAAUGGGGCGGCGCAGGCGCCGUUGGUAGUGGUAAUCGUCAGUUGCGGGUACUACGUGACGAUGAGAAUGUGUACAGUACACAGGCAUUGUGGAAGACCCUAGGAAGAUUUAUAUUGAGAGAACGGGAGCAGGCGAUUCCACGGAAACACCUGAUACCUGCUACUCUUGAUAGAAUAAGUAAAGGCUUUUCAGUCGGUAGAUCGGUGUCACUGCCUGGCUCCAGUAAGGAGAAAGUUCCGGUAGCCGAGGCUCUCUCCGAUCCGACCUCAAGGGGCCUACGUCAGCGUCUUUUAAUGGGACGUAGACGUGAGGUACACUCGGAUGGCGAAGAGUCCAGGGAAUCGGACAUCCUCAAUGCUGCAUUACAUCUCAAGAAGGUGUCAUUGAGGAAGUUGAGAGCCUGGAAGUCUUAGUGGCAGUCACGGGCGACGACGCUUUCAUCGUUGUUUGCCCCUCGGAGAAGUAAUUGGUGAUUAAAUCUGUCAAUGGCUAUCGGUUAUACCGAUUUGUUUGGAAUUACUGCUGUUCAGUUGUUCACGUCUUACUGCUUCUAUUCAGAUAUCUCCAAAAUAGAGAGCAUUGAGAUCAAUUCAUUAGAAUUCUCCUUUCGGUACAGUCCACUCGUAUAAGAUACCACAAGCAACCGGAGGUAAAUAAAAUUCCGAGAAUCACCAUUCCCCUAUUCACCAUGUAUCUUUUAAAUUCUCCAACAGCUUAAAAGUAAACUAAUAAUGUAGCCUGCUCUGUAGUCUGUAGUAUUUUCCGUCCUGUUUAACAGAAAAGAAAAAGUAGAGAAGAUAUUUCUUCCGUUUGCGUAAUUACUUCACGUGGGGAAAUCAUUGAAAAUUCUUUAUGAAUUAAUUAAAAUAAACGAAAAAACAAAAAUACAAUAGAUCGUUAAAUGAUUA